AUGUCGGAGUCACCAUUGGUUUUAGUGAAUGAUUAUUUACCCGAGGAAUAUCACUUGGAUUUACAAAUCUCGUCCAUAAAACCUAAUUUCCAAGGGUAUUUAAAGUUCCCCUUAAAACGGGCCAGAAAUGAUUUUGAUCAGUUUAAAUUAGUCUUGCAUGGUCAUAAGUUGAUAAUAUUGGAAGCUCUUGUAGGGGGUGUUAAAUUAGAUGUCAAAUAUGAUAAACCGGCUCAAAAAAUCGAAUUAUCAACUUCUCAACCCAUUUCCCAAUUUGAUGUUACUAUUAAGUAUGUUGGUAGUAUACAAUCUCUUGAUACCAUUCAACAAACAAGAGGUGUGUUCAGAUCUCCAGGUGAUAAAGUAAUAAUAUCAACUCAAAGUCAACCUAUUUUUGCCAGACAGAUCUUACCUUUAAUUGAUGAAUCAAAUUUCAAAAUUCCUUUUAAGUUGACCAUUACCACCGAAAAGCAUUUCAAAGUCAUUGCUAAUAUGGGAUUAGAAGCUGAAUCUGUUAAUGGAGAUGAAAAAACCAGUGUUUUCAAGAAAUCCCCUCCUAUCUUACCAAGUACUAUUGGUUUCACUAUAGGAGAAUUAGAAGGGAAAAUUAUUCAAUCUUCUAUACCUAUAGGUGUUUAUGGUACCAAAGAAGAUAUGGAAAGUGUCAAUAUUCCAUAUAUCAUGAGUAUUUUAGAGAAAGUGUUCCCAUUGAUUCAAUCAAAAUUAGGUGCUUACCCAUUGGAUAAAUUGGAUAUCAUUGGAGUUCCUUAUUUGACUGAAGGAGCUAUGGAGAAUUGGGGGAUGAUUACUGUUGUAAAAGAUCAUUUGUUUAAAGGUCAUGAAUUACAUAUUAAACAAUUGUUAUCCCAUGAACUCAUUCAUCAAUGGUUAGGAAAUUUAGUUUCCUUCGAUAACUGGAAAUAUUUAUGGUUAAAUGAAUCUAUGGCUACGUUAUUAGGUAAUUAUUUUGUCUCCGUAUUGGAUGGUAAUGAUGAAGCGUUCAAGUUAGAUCUUAUGACUAUCAAUGAACGAUUAUGUAAUGAUGAUCAUCAUAGCAUUGAAAAGUUCAUGAAUUCUUUAGUUAUUAAUAAUGAUAUAACCACCAGUUAUCUUUUCAACCAUCAGGUUUAUGAAAAGGGGAUUAUAAUCCUCAGAAUGUUAGUUAAUGUUAUUAGUGAUAAAGUUGAUGAUUUUGAUAAAUUUUUUGAAUUUUUAAAAGAUUUCGUCGAAUUUUAUAAAUUCAAAUCCAUCAAACCUCAAGAUUUAUGGACUUUUAUCUAUAAGGAUUUGUCAGUAGAUUUAUUAACAUUCGUAAACAUUUGGAUCCGUUAUGAUAAGUUCCCAACCUUACAAAUUACCAUCAAUGAUAACCAAUUGACCAUUGAGCAAAUGCAAAGUAAAGUAUAUCAUUUCCCCUUGAUUUUGAAAACUUCUAAUGGAUCUAAGAAAGUUUAUAUCAUGAACAAAGUGACAAAAGUAGAAAUCUCCGAUCUUUUAGUUAUCAAUCAAGAUAAAAUCACCUUGUUUAAAGGAGAUAUCUCCAAGAAAAUCAUUAAAACUAUCGAUAUCUCCCAAUUGAAUAAAUUAGAUACCAAUGUGUACUUAAUUGAUUACAAAGCAGGAGAUUUCAAUAAGAAACUUCAACAACAUGUAAAUAAUUUGUAG